GCUGCAUCGCUGUCCGUGCUGCUGCUCGAUUGCUUUAAUUCGGUUCCGAUAUCGGCCCCGCACUCGCUGAGCGGCUCUUACAGGAGGGAUUUGUGGGAAUGCUACGGGCAAAGGAAGCUGUGCUAAUAUCGAAUGCCCGUGGCAUCAGACUCAGAUAGAUCUUUCUAGCUGAUUUCAACUUCUUGCUGCUUCGCCUGUGAGAAUUGAAGCGGCACCGAGGAGAGCUCACACGCACGCAGAGAAGCACUCCCGGCCAGCCGCGUGUGCCAUUGAUUCCAUGCCAUCCUCGCCGGCGGCUGCGGGGGAGCUGCGGGAGCGCUGCUGUGGCUUUACCGUGGGAGCGGCGCAGGCUACAAUAGGUGUCACUGUGUGCGAGCCCAAUCGCGCGCGGUGCCUGCAGCCAUUGGCUCCGGCCGCGCGGCUGCCGCUCCCGCUCCGCUCCCAGCCCUGCCCGCACAACUUGGGCUCGCCGGCAGCCUGGCACUGCCACCGUGCGCUCCUCCUGCACUCUGCCCCGGCUGUAGCGCUGCCAGGCGGUUCCUGAUCAGGAAAGCUGGAAGGAAUGAUGGGGAUGUGUUUAACGGUUCAAGUACUGGAUCAAACUUAAACUCAGUUUCUUACUCUGGGUGCUGGAAAGGUCACCUUGUCUUGCUGAGUCUCAGCUCUGCUGCUUUCGGUGUUACAGCUUCCACCUAGAUUCCUAAAUGUUCCUGGCUAGUUAGGCUGUCGGUCUUUACUCACGGGUAUACUGAUGGUAGAUGAGAAAGGAAAGAACAUGAAAUGUCUCACCUUCUUCUUGAUGCUUCCAGAGACGGUCAAGAACAGGUCUAAGAAGAGCUCUAAGAAAGGAAAUAGCAGCAGCAGUAGCAACAGCAAAUUGCCUCCAGUUUGCUAUGAAAUCAUUACCUUGAAGACCAAAAAGAAGAAGAAGAUGGCUGCUGAUAUUUUUCCCCGAAAGAAACCAGCUAAUACUAAUACAACUGCUGUCCAGCAGUACCAUCAGCAAAAUCUCAACAACAACAACACUAUUCCUGCACCUAAUUGGCAAGGACUUUAUCCAACCAUCAGAGAGAGAAAUGCAGUGAUGUUCAACAAUGACUUGAUGGCAGAUGUUCAUUUUGUGGUCGGGCCACCAGGUGGGACCCAGCGGCUGCCAGGACACAAAUAUGUCCUGGCUGUUGGGAGCUCUGUAUUCCAUGCAAUGUUUUACGGAGAGCUCGCUGAGGACAAAGAUGAAAUCCGUAUACCAGAUGUUGAGCCUGCUGCUUUUCUUGCAAUGCUGAAGUACAUCUAUUGUGAUGAGAUCGAUUUGGCAGCAGACACUGUCUUGGCCACUCUUUACGCUGCCAAGAAGUACAUUGUCCCUCACCUGGCCCGUGCCUGCGUUAACUUUCUCGAGACAAGCCUGAGUGCAAAGAAUGCCUGCGUGCUGCUCUCCCAGAGCUGCUUAUUCGAGGAACCUGACCUGACCCAGCGCUGCUGGGAAGUGAUUGAUGCCCAAGCUGAGCUCGCUUUGAAGUCUGAGGGCUUCUGUGACAUUGAUUUUCAGACACUUGAAAGCAUUCUCCGAAGGGAGACUCUGAAUGCCAAAGAAAUCGUUGUUUUCGAGGCAGCUCUGAACUGGGCUGAAGUGGAGUGCCAGCGCCAGGAGCUGACGGCCACCAUCGAGAACAAGCGCAAGGUGCUGGGCAAGGCUCUCUACCUGAUCCGCAUCCCCACCAUGGCCCUGGACGACUUCGCCAACGGCGCCGCCCAGUCGGGGAUCCUGACUCUGAAUGAAACCAACGACAUCUUCCUGUGGUACACGGCCGCCAAGAAACCAGAGCUGCAGUUCGUCAGCAAGCCCCGCAAAGGCCUCGUCCCUCAGCGCUGCCACCGCUUCCAGUCCUGCGCUUACCGCAGCAACCAGUGGCGCUACCGGGGCCGCUGUGACAGCAUCCAGUUUGCUGUUGACAAGAGAGUGUUCAUUGCUGGCUUUGGGCUCUAUGGCUCCAGCUGUGGGUCGGCAGAGUACAGUGCUAAGAUUGAACUGAAGCGACAAGGAGUUAUCCUGGGCCAGAACUUGAGUAAAUACUUCUCGGAUGGUUCUAGUAACACUUUUCCCGUGUGGUUUGAGUAUCCGGUGCAGAUUGAGCCUGACACCUUUUACACAGCGAGCGUGAUUCUGGAUGGUAAUGAACUCAGCUAUUUUGGACAAGAAGGGAUGACAGAAGUUCAGUGUGGGAAGGUGACUGUUCAGUUUCAGUGCUCCUCGGACAGUACGAAUGGCACAGGUGUACAGGGAGGACAAAUUCCUGAACUCAUAUUUUAUGCUUGAAUGGGAGUGUGUGAAUACAAAGCAUUUUGCUAUGAAGAACCUGUCUGGUUCAGGCCUACUGAUUCUUAGCUUUUUAUCUGCAGAUAUGUGAUCAGUACAGGGAAUAUGUAACUAAAUGCUGUGGGCAAGUUCCUGGCUUGCUGUACUUGUAGCAUCAUUGGUGAUUAAGUGUAAUAUUUAAACUGGAAGCUCUUAGAAACAAGCAAGUUUUAAAGGCUUUGUAAGGGAGGUGCCUGUUUGCUGGUGAUGCUGACCCUUUCUUUGAUGCACCAGUGAAUCAUCUCCCCCUCUUGUAUCUCAACACUGUCUUCAUUGAUCAGUUUUUUCUUUCUCCAUUUUCUGCUUUCUGCUUGUAUUGGGGAGGUAGGGAGAGAAAACAAAGAGUCUUGUUUUAUAGCUCUCUCUGCUGUCUGCUCUGCAGACUUUAGAGAUCCCAGUGAACCAAGCUGCUUUUGACCAUGGGGGCUGGAAGAAGUCCUUCGGUUGUAAGCAGAAAAAGCACAAGUUUAAACCUUCAUCCUGUGAGGCAGCAUCUUUCAGGAAGCUCCACGGCAUACCAGCCAUAUCCCUAGUGCAUGGACAUGUUCACAGUGAGGAAGGGAUGUGGGCUUGGCCAGUUACCCUUGGAGUUCAUUUUCUAGGAAUCCCACCUUGAAGGCAAGGAAGUACUUGCAUGUGUUCAAAUUGUGUGUGCAGCUCUUGAAACUCUGCUCCCAUGACCCAGGUUUUGCUACACUGGAGUUGAUAUGCUCUUUAAAUGGCAUUUCUUUGAACCCUUGCUAAAUAAAUGGGAAUUUAUAGCAAUCAUCUGAUGCAGGAUAAUUUUUUGUUUCUUUUGGGUGGGUUUUUUCUUCUUUCUAAAAAUGGUAGAGGCAGAUUUUAGAGGAACAAAAGAAUGUAUCAAUCUUGACUUGGAUUUUUUUCUGCAAUCUGAGAUUUUUUUUUUCCUUUUUAUUACCUUUUUGUUUCCUUUUUAUUACUUUUUAUAGUUGAAAUUUAGACAAAGACAGAAGGUUCCCAACUGUGGUCAUGUUACACUUCGUGUAUACCAUCUGAUAGCAGUGAGGGGGGGAGGAAAUCUCCCCUAAUGGGUUAUUGUUGGAGCUCUUGCAUUGCUUAUGGCUACACAUCAGUCAGAGGAUUAUGUGGUCUGGAACCUUUUCCCUGGCUGAGUUUUUCCCCCCAGGAAGUGACAUGUCCAUAUCAUUUUUGGUGAUGUAACAGGAAGUUACAUGUCUGUAUCAUUUUUGCAAAAGUAUGAGGGAUACUCCUUGGAUCAGGGGAGGAAACCAGUAUAAAUAAGAACUACAGGUACUAUUGAAACAUGAGAAAAUCCUUCAUCACUGCACUGGGACAGAUGUUCCUCUGCCCUGCUGCACUGUCCAUUGUAAAGCAUCUCGCUUCACCUCCAAAAUGCGUUCUGUUUGUUGCAUACCUUCGAACAAAAUGAGAGGACCAAAUGAUUCUUUAGACCUGCUGAAGAUUAAUGUUACAGUAUAUCCACACAUUAAUGUAGCAUAACCCUAAAAUCACUUGUCAGUUCUGUAAUAAAAAUGUUUUUCUCAUCUUAUUUUACCAGUUUAAUGCUGUUACUCUAAGUGUUGCUUGAUGGUUGGAAUCCUGGCCCUUGGCCAUUGGAAAGUGCCAAAAUACAUCUUUGCAGUGUCCAAAAUACCAUCUGAAGUAAGGAAAAGUGGAGUGUAGUCAAAUCCCAAAUUUUCUCUCUAGGUAAUAAAAGGAGAGCCAGGUAAAAAAGUACUCCACAGGAUUUAUGCUUUUCAUGCAUCUUAAAGUUUAAUGUUUUGUAUACAUACAUACAUGUGUGUGUAAGCAGCGCUCUUUCUGAAAUGUAAAUACCCUCAAAAUACAUAGAAAAAUGUUUUGUUUUUUGUAACAGAUGUACAUAAUCCAGACUGUUUGUGAAAUCUAAACAGAAUGCUCCAUGGAAAACUCCCAGGGAGAGAUUUAUAAAAACCUCCAGUUACUUAUAUUUAGAUCUGCAACUGAAAAUAGACAAGAGUAUAAAUGGUAUGGAGUGGAGAAAGAGUUGCUGAAAAGAUCAUAGAAAGGAAUCUGAGAUUGUGAUGAGGUAACGGUCAUCUACUUUUAGACAACAUCUGAGCAGCAGUUCCAUUUAUUUAGAUACAUUUCAAAGCAGAGAAAGAUGCUAAUCAGCUGAUUAAAUUUUUGUAUAGCAAGUGGCUGAUGCAGAUGUAAUUACUCUGAGUGAUAAGCAGAUUGACAGGUUCUGGUAGAGAGCUGCAUUUUGAUUUGGUUGGUAAAAAAACAUGUGCCACAGCUGGUGGGACAAGUCAGAGAGUACUGCAUUGCUUUAACUAGUCCUGGGUUCUCACUUUGAAUUUAUUAUUUGUUUUGACUUACCUGCAAAUAAAGGUGACUUAUCUGCUAUGUUCACUGGCUGGAAGAGAAGUUCAGAGAUCAGAACACUGUAGCUGUAAUGUGUAGAAAACGAGCUGUUAUUUAAUUAUUGUUCUUAUUUGAUUCUUUUAUGAAGUCUUUUUGACGAAGUAGGAUGAAAGCAACCUCUAGCUUAAUUCCUCUGAGUCCAUUCUGGGUUUUGGGAGCUGGUGCAGGGAAAGGUUUCAAGUGUGGGUGAUCAGACAAAGGCACCCAAAACACCUUUGGAUGCUCACAGCAUAACUUGCUUCUGAGCACUUUGUGAUGCUAACAAGUACUGGGAUGUAAGAAGGUGGCCAGAGCCACUCACCCAGGGACAUCAGGGCACUUCAGUGGGUGUCUGAAUGUGGAUUUGGUUGGUUUAGCAGAACCACCCAAGCUUGAGUACGUUGAUUGACGUCUUGCAAGCAUCAGCCAUGUCAGCCUGGAAUGUAAACAUGAUGUCUGUAGAGAUCACCUCACAGAUUCUGUCUAAACUGUUCCUGGCUGUCUCUGCUACUUGUAUCUUUGAUUUGCUGGUGAGAGGAAUAUGUGAUAAGAGAGUAUAAUGUAAUAUACUUUCUGCAUAUCUAAAAUAGUAUUUAAGUAAACACUUUAAUUUCUACACACUUAUUGCACUGAACUAUUUUGGGUUUUGUUUUUUUGUUGUGAUAAACUCAGCUCACUUCAGGUCCCAGCACCCAUUUGUGCUGAAGCAGUGUUUGACCUUAGCAGGCUUACAGCAUUAUUUAUAAAGGACAGAUAUAUAUAAAUAUAUAAAGUACCUCAUGUUGAAUGUUAUUGUACUGUAUCUUUAAUGUCACAGUGCAGAUCUUGUUGGACUCAUGAAUGUGUAUAAUCACGUUAAACAUAAAAAUAAAAAUGAUUCUUAAAUCAUUG